AUGAUCCACAUUUUCCAAAGAGAAGCGUUCCUGGCGGGCUGGCCGCGCUGGCCCGGGCCUAGGACUGACGGGUGGCUCCCCGCAGCGGACUUCCUGUACCAGUAUAAGUUCCUCUGCUACUACACCAACGGGACGCAGCGCGUGCGGAUCCUGGAGAGUUUAAUCUACAACCGGGAGGAGUUCGCACGCUUCGACAGCGACGUGGGGGAGUACCGCGCGGUGACCCCGCUGGGGCGACCCAGCGCUGAGCACUUGAACAGCCUGGAGGACUUCAUGGAGCGGAAGCGGGCCGAGCUGGACACGGUGUGCAGACACAACUACCCAUGGGCUGAGGCCAUAGCCUUGCACCUGCGAGUGGAGCCCACAGUGACCAUCUCCCCGGCCAGGACAGAGGCCCUGAACCACCACAACAUGCUGGUCUGCUCGGUGACGGAUUUCUAUCCAGCCCACAUCAAAGUCCGCUGGUUCCGGAACGACCAGGAGGAGACAGCCGGCGUCGUGUCCACACCCCUGAUUAGGAACGGGGACUGGACCUACCAGAUCCUGGUGAUGCUGGAAAUGACCCCCCGGCGAGGAGAUGUCUACACCUGCCGGGUGGAGCACCCUAGCCUCCGGAGUCCCAUCAAAGUGGAGUGGCGGGCGCAGUCUGGAUCUGCCCAGAGCAAGAUGCUGAGCGGCGUUGGGGGCUUCGUGCUGGGGCUGAUCUUCCUGGGCCUGGGCCUUGUCGUUCGUCACAGGAAACAGAAGGGGCUCCUGCGCUGACUCCUGAGGGUGCUUUGACUGGGAUCGGCUGUGUUUCUUCUGAAAUGCCUGCUUGUCCUCGUGCAGAUUUCCCAGCUGCCUGUGAGCCUGCUCCCUCAGAGAUCAGAGUCUUAGUUACUCUGAGAAAGCCGGCCAGGCAUCUCCUGUGACCCCACUCGAGGCCAUGGCUGUGAGCCUGCAGUCUGUCCUGUGGGCUGCCAGCUGAGUCUACUCAAGGCCCCAAGGCAUUUUUCUUUUGUUCCUCCCCUCCCUGCCCCCGCCACUGUCCAAGAGAAGCACAUUGAAGCCUUUACCUGACUCCAGAGCUUUUAUUAUAAUUAAACAUGUUACCUGUA